AUGAAGUGGCUUGGGGUCCUCUGGCUUGUGGCCCUCUCAGAGUGCUUGGUCAAAAUCCCUCUGAUGAAGAUUAAGUCCAUGCGAGAAAACCUGCGGGAAAGUGACAUGCUGAAGGAUUACCUAGAGAAGUACCCUCGUAGCCGCGCCCACGUGCUCCUUGAGCAGCGCAGGAACCCAGCAGUAACUUAUGAGCCCAUGAGGAACUACCUAGAUCUGGUCUACGUUGGUGUCAUCAGCAUCGGCACGCCCCCUCAGGAGUUCAAGGUCGUCUUGGAUACUGGCUCUGCCUACCUAUGGGUACCAUCCAUCUAUUGCUCCAGCCCAGCCUGCGCUAACCACAAUGUCUUCAACCCUCUGCGGUCUUCCACUUUCCUGGUCUCGGGCCGACCUGUGAAUGUCGCCUACAGUUCAGGAGAGAUGUCAGGAUUUCUUGCCUAUGAUACUGUCAAGAUUGGGGACCUCAUGGUUGUGGCCCAGGCAUUUGGCCUGAGCCUGGAGGAACCUGGCACUUUCAUGGAAUAUGCGGUCUUCGAUGGUAUCCUGGGGCUGGGUUACCCUGACCUUAGCCUUCAGGGAAUUCUGCCUGUCUUUGACAACCUGUGGCUGCAAGGCCUCAUCCCCCAGAACCUCUUUGCCUUCUACUUGAGCAGCAAGGAUGAGAAGGGCAGCAUGCUGAUGCUGGGUGGAGUGGACCCCUCCUACUAUAGUGGAGACCUUCACUGGGUGCCUGUGUCUAAACCCAGCUACUGGCAGUUAACUCUGGACAGCAUCUUCAUGAAUGGGGGAGUCAUUGCCUGUGAAGGUGGCUGCCAAGGUAUUAUGGACACAGGGACCUCCUUGCUGACUGGCCCCCGAAACGUGAUCCUUAACAUCCAGAAUCUCAUUGGUGCCAAGGCCUCUAGUGAUGGCGAGUAUGUCCUCAACUGCGACACCAUCAACACCCUACCUGAUAUUGUCUUCACCAUCAAUGGUGUUACCUACCCGGUGCCAGCCAGUGCCUACAUCCGGAAGGGUCAUUCACACAUCUGCUCCAGCAACUUCGAAGAAGACCUAGAUGACUCUUCCGACCCUGAGAUGUGGGUGCUGGGGGAUGUUUUCCUAAGGCUGUAUUUCACUGUGUUUGAUCGAGCAAAUAACAGGAUUGGUCUGGCUCCUGCUGUGUGA